GUAAAGUACAGCGGUGAUGUUAUCCUCGAUCUGCAUGUCUGACAACUGGAUAAAUUCUGCGUGGUCUUUGCGUUAUCAAAGUGAAGGGGUUAUCAAAGGUGCAGGGAGUUUGUUUUGUCGCGCCAGCAUGGCCCACAACUCUGUGGAAAAAGUGCAUCUUGAGCUAGUCCGUGAAGAUCCGUUAUGGCGCGACCGAUCCGUCGAAAGUCGGUACCUAACUUUAAAGGUGCGUCGUAGAAAUGUAUUUGACAAAUCCUAACAGAAACGCUCACCACGAUGCGUGAAUUUUCAUUCAGGAAAAAAUGAAAGCACUGUAUGGGACAUUACCAAGAGUUAAGAAGAAAAAUGAUGGGUUAAUCUCGAUGUGUAGGAAGAUAAGAAGCAAAAUCAGGAUCGACGAAGAGUGGCUCUGGUGAAGAUGAAAUCUUCAAAUCCGAUUGGUCGUUCACUCGUUCUAUAUCGCCAUGGCUACAUUUUUAGACUCGAGUCUUCAAAACCAACCUCUGCAUUUUUCUUUCAAAAAUUCCCCUUAUGUAAUGGUUUUGUCCGUCUGUCCGUAUGUUCCUCGUCUAACUCGAGUAGGAAAAUAGACAGCGAUGUCAAACCUUCCCCAACAGAUUUCUACGAGUUUCCAAGAUCAGUGCUAUUGAGUAUAAGCCGAAUUAAAAGUCUGGUUUCCGAAUACGACCAGAGUGACAAAAAAUUCCCCUACAUUGAAAAUCGUAUGCGAUUCUUCGUAUAUUGUCUAUUAUAUUGAAAAAUUUGGUCUCGGGGUUCAUAAGGAAUAUAAUAAUACAUAGAGAUACAGUUUUCAAUCGGAAACCUGUCUGUAGUUAUCGGUUUUUUUGCACCACGAUAAUGCCGUGACUAAACCGUCAACUAAAAAUUAACAUUGAAGUUUCCUUCCUAUUCUCCUUCAUCCAUCCACGUAUCGACUCAUGUCGUCUUUGUUGCGUCAGUUGCCACGGCUACGUUUUGUCAAUAUACGACGCAAUUGCAAAUUGACGUGAUGUGUGCGUUUCGAAAUCUAGACCAAGAAAAUGAAGAAUUUAACAAUUUCAUGCACCGUGUCAACGAUGUCAACAACAUCGUGCAGAAAAUGAGCUCAAACGAUCCCGCUCUCCGCGAAAUCGGCUCGAAGGAAGCCGACCGUUAUCUGAACAACGAGAAGAGCAUCCUCUACGAGAAUAUUUGCGAGGAGACGGUCAAGCUAAGGGUAACCAAUGACCGAACAGUCAUCAACCAGAGGGCGCUAAGAGACGAGAAAUUGGAUGAGAACACCAUGUCACAAGAGACCUUUAUGAACGAAGUCUCACGCGACGCCGACAAAAGGUAUAAGGAUCGACUGAUUCGGCAGGAGAAGGCAGAUACAUUGAAAGUUAGAGCAACUAAAGCGUUCAGAAGAGGAGAGUUCGAGAAGGCAGUCACGUUAUACUCACAGGCAAUCGAACAAAUAAGGGAUAGCUGCAUGCUGUACACAAACAGAGCGCUGGCGUACAUAAACCUCAAUUUCUACGAAAAGGCAAUCGAUGAUGUCGAAAGGGCAUUAAUGUUAAACGAAGGUUCGCUACGUGCAGGUCUACUGUUGGCGAAAGCCCACUUUCUGAAAAACGAUAAAAAGAAAUUUUGGAUAGCGGUUGAACAGGUGAAGGAGAAGAACCCGAAACAGAUUUCUUUUAUAAACGAGUAUAUUGAAGAACUGGAGUCACAGAAAAACGUUGCUACCAAUUGAAGCAUUAAAAUAAAAUCGAUUUUUAUCAUAACGAUGAAUUGUAUAUUGUUCAAGAACACCCCUAAUUCUAAAUUAUUUCUAAUAAAUUCAUU